GGACCAGCUGUCUGCUGACAUGUAUAACUUCUCCUCCAAGGAGGGCGACUACGCCCGAUACUAUGUUAUUUUGGUAGAGGCCCAGGCUGACUACCACAGGAGGUCUCUGGCUGCUCUGGAAGGAGUCCUGCCGACCAUACAGGCACAGAACGACUCAUGGAUGGAGAAGCCUGCGUACGGCACGGCUCUGGAAGAGCACCUGAAGAGGAGUAACCGUGAGAUCGCCCUGCCCUUAGAGGCCUGUGUCAUGAUGCUGCUGGAGACUGGCAUGAAGGAGGAGGGUCUGUUCCGAAUCGCUGCUGGGGCCUCCAAACUAAAGAAGCUGAAGGCAGCGCUGGACUGUUCCACCUCCCAGUUAGAGGAGUUUUACUCCGACCCCCAUGCUGUAGCUGGAGCCCUGAAGUCCUACCUCAGAGAGCUGCCUGAACCCCUUUUGACCUUCUCACUGUAUGAUGAGUGGACACAAGCCUCCAAUGUGUCUGACCCAGACAGGAGGCUUCAGGCUUUGUGGGUGGCAUGUGACGGUUUGCCAAAGAACCACAAGGCCAACUUCAGGUAUCUGGUAAAGUUCCUAGCCAAGCUGGCCCAGGACAGUGAGGUGAAUAAGAUGACUCCCAGUAACAUUGCCAUAGUGCUGGGACCCAACCUGCUCUGGUCCAAGACUGAGGGGACUCUGGCAGAGAUGGCUGCUGCUACCUCGGUCCAUGUGGUGGCCAUCAUAGAACCCAUCAUCCAGCACGCUGACUGGUUCUUCCCAGAUGACGUGGACUUUAACGUGUCGGGCAUGUUCGUGGCCAUGACCCCUGAACCUGACCCAGGCCCUUUCGAGAGGCGACGCCCCGGAAACCUGGUGGACGGGGACACUCCCCGCAAAGACAGCCCCGCUCCUAACAAACUGGGCGACCCCACCCCCACCCCACGUAGAGCUGCCACUCUAAAUAGAAAACAGCACCAUCAUGCUUCUUCGCCCGCCUUCCAGCCCCCUCUACCACCGCCAGAGGCUGGAGGAGUCACCCAGACCCAGCCUGUGGCUGAGCCCCAGACCCAGGAGCAAACUCUGUGUGGGAGUACGGAGGCUGGCCAGCCUGGCCUGGCUGGGGGGGGUGGGGGUCAGGGUGGGGCACCAGAGGUCCAGGUGGCCACAGGGCAGCAGCCUCUGCCUCUUACCCAGCACAGCGCUGAGGAGAAUAGCCCUGGCCAUGACCCCACCACCACCCCCACUCCCCUGAGGAACGGGGGCUCCCAGCUCACCGUGGGGACGCCCCACUCCCAGGCAGGAUGCAGGGGUCCUAGCCCCCACAUUGGACGCAGAGGUACUAAGAAGCAAGCCCCUGCCCCACCCAAACAGGCCAACCCCUUUGUAGCUAAAGACUCCACCCUUGGCCACAGUCCCGCGCCUAACAACCCCUACCCCCUCAUCGCUCCACGACGCCACUCUGGUAAAGAAACCCCCAUCCACGCCCCCAGCCACCCUCCCCCACAGCCCCCUCAGUCUCAGGGGGAGUCAGACCCCUCUCCACCCCACACCCCCACACCCCCUAGCACCCCUCCUCACGAUGGUCCAACCUCCACCCCCUUCACCCCUCUAUCGUCCUUCCACUCUGGCUCCCUCCCUCGCCCCACCAGGCCGGCUCCGAAGCCACGCUCCCGACCUACAGUUCCCCCGCCCCGUCAGCCACCCACCAAUGACGACAGCAACGGGCCCAGCGGCUCUGCCUCCAAGGUCAUCACCGAUGCCAGCCUGAACUUGAAGGGGAUUGGCCGAGCCCUUAUCCCUGAAAUUAUGGUGGACAUACAAGGGGAGAGCUCUGCUGGUCAUGAGCCCUCCCCCUAUCCAACCCCACCCUUGGACCCUGAGAUCCAAUCAGAGAGCACCAGUCUGUGAAAGGGGAGGGAUCACUCCAACUGACAUCACCAAAAAACAUUCUGCCUCUGCCCAAUUGGCAAUAUGCUAGCCAUUCAACCAAUCGCCAUAGUCGGAGUCAGCUCUGAGCCUCUACAGACUGGUCCAUACAAACUCCCUGCUCAUCAAUCCAGUGAGAAAUAAUGUCUGCAACAAACAACCCCUAGCCAACAUUACUCACUACAACAAUACAGGGACUAGACAACCUUCUCUUACUCCAUAAUCCAAACUCAACACUGUUGGCACACACCACCCAACACCCUCAAAACCAACACCCUUCCAUCCAUAAACCAUCAAAAGUAUUGGAACUGGACCACAGGAUCACCCCAUGUUCAUUGAACCUUCGUUCUGCUAAACAUGAUAGGAAGUUGGCCUGCAGCUAGAGAUGCCACUGUAGCUUUCUAUUGAAUCAACCAAGCCUGUACUGGGACUGGACAAUAUAUAUAUAUAUAACCACUGAACUCCAAGUCUGGCGAAGCUGUAAUGUUAUGACCCAGUACCUGGAAGCAUCUGAUCUGAAUAUACUGUUUCAUCUUUGGAUCCAUUGUAGAAUGUUGACAUUGAAUUGAGGCUGGGUGGGAGGCUAAGCUUGUAAACCUAAAAGCUCAGAACUUGUAUGUUUGUAUGAUGUAACUUUCCUCCCUGUGGUACAUUGUAUGGUGGUUGUAGGAAUAUUUUUUUAAUGGAAAUUGCUCAUUUGUAUGUCCUCAAUGCAUUACCUAAGAUUGUCUACAAAACUGCAAUUUUGCCCCAUUUGAGAACUUUCUUUAAUGGUUUUUAAUGGGCCAAGUAAUACAAAUGUAAUGCAGAAAGUGCCAUUGAUGAGCAAAUAUACAUGGUGAGCCCAAAGAAUCCUAUGAAUUGCCAUACUUCCUUUGAUGAGAGCUCUCAAGGACCAAAGAUGCCAGUUGAUGAAUAACUACAUUUGGUGAGUGUGCUGCUUUGUGUUUGUAAUAUAAAUGUUUUAAUAGUUGCCAAGGACCAAAUAAGUAUCAAUGAGGAGUGCAGUUGAAUGAACUGCAUUCGUGUCAUACGGUGUCUUCUCCACUUCCAAUAUUCACCCUGUUUCAUUUGUUGUUUUUAACCUGUCUUACCGCAAUAUACUAUAGGACUGUGUUUUAUUCAACAGAGCUGAAUUCAAACAAAACAGUCACCCCUGCCAAAAAUGUGUAUACCAAUCACAGGUUUCCCCUUUAAAAGAAACGUUAUAUAAGAAAAGUGAUUGGAUAUUCCCUGCCACAGAUUUUUUUAAUUUGAGAAAUGAUUUGUUUUGAUAUCCGUUUUGAUUUAAUUUAGCUCAGGAAAUGGACAAGCAACAGAACAAUAUCCCAGGUUUUAUUUUAUUUUAUGGUUACUAUUCAAAUUUAGGAUGUUAUGUUGACAAUCUUUAGUGGGUAACCUGGCUUCUCACUCUGCUUGUGAUUAUUGCCUUUUCCCCACUUCAUUGCAUGUUUUGAAUGUGAUUUGCAUUGCUUUUUUUCUGCCCGUGUCUUUUCAACCUGAAAAUGAACAAAGAUUUUCGAUAAUGAGUGAAUGGAUCCUCCACUGUUUGUUCAUAUUAAAGGAAAAUAGUUUUGGGUAUUAUUACUCUAAAUAAACUAAACAUGAAUUAAAA